AUGGCGCAACCUGAGCUCACCAAAGUCUUGAUGGAAAAAGCGACUGAGACAGGACGUGUUCAAAUUCUGUUCAACAAAGAGCUGGUCUCGAUCCUCGAUGAUGGCACCAACGGAUCCGGAGCCGUUACGAUAGCAGUCAAAGAUCUCAAUACCGGGCAAAUCGAGGAGCAUGUUGCUUCGUUUCUCGUGGGUUCAGAUGGAGGCAGGUCCAAGACUAGGUCCCUACUUGGCAUCUCCUUUCCUGGACACACUUGGCCCGAGAAGCUCAUUGCGACAGAUGUCUGGCUGGAAAACACCGUAGAUAGCCCCGUCACUACAACCCUCUUGAUGGAGCCGGUGCAUUACACCAUCAUCACCCCUCUUACACCACCUGUGAAAGGUGAGGUGACAAAGUGGAGACUCACUUUCGCGGUUGACCCCGAAGAGCUCAAGACCAAGACUGAGAAAGAUCUUCUUUCUGAAGAAUACAUUUCACACCAUUAUGAGCGCGCUUGGGCUGGACCACGACCCUUGACAUACAAGGUCGAUAGAGCAGCUACAUACACCAUCCACCAACGCCUGGCCUCCAACCUGAGGCGAGGGAGGUGUCUUUUAGCUGGCGACGCCGCACACGUGAACAAUGUUAUUGGCGGUUUGGGUCUGAGCAAUUGUCUAAUGGAAUCCGUCGCUCUCAGCGACGCCCUUAUCUUGAUCCUCAAGGAGGGAAAACCUGUCGACCCUGUACUGACAAUGUACUCGGAUGAGCGACGUCAAGUCUUCCAAUUCUUCAUUGAUCCUGUAUCUUCCUGGCAUUAUUCAUGA